AUGAAGUCGCUGGCUGGCUCAUUCGUGGGACUCCUUUUCCUUUUAUCAGCUCCUGUUACAUCAGUUUACGCUGCCUCUGAACCUACGGGCAAGAAAGAUGGCCUCUCCCCGUGUGUUGUACGCUCUCCGGCUACCGGCCUCUACUACGAUCUGAAUGCGAUCUCGGUACCCCGUCCGGAUCCCUCGGACGGCAAGAAAAGCAACAAGAACGCGCCGAGAGAAAGCUGGCACGCCAAGGGCCAUGACUAUCAUGCCAACUUUACACUCAAUAUAUGUGCACCCGUUGUCGAAGACAUAAAGGAUGUGGUGGGGGUAGAGCGCGACAGAUGGAAGAAUGUCAGCGCCUACUACGAGAAGGAAGGGAAGAUAUACUCCAUUGGAGAACAAGCCGCGCAACCAUUGUUCCGCGGCCGCAAGCUCGUGUUGAAUUACACUAAUGGCUCACCUUGUCCUGGAGAGCAGAUCGGACAUAGUUCGCGGAACAAGUCGACAAUCAUGUCUUUUCUGUGCGACCGGGAUGCCCUUUCCCACCAGGCCGUUGCGUCUUUUGUCGGCACUAUGGACCAGUGCACAUACUUCUUUGAGGUUCGAAGCGCAGCCGCUUGUGGCAGCAUCGGUCACGCCCACGGUGACGGCCUGGGGCCGGGGGGCGUUUUCGGCGUGAUUGCUCUGAUUGCUGUCGCCGCGUAUCUGGUUGGUGGUUGUGCCUAUCAGCGAACAGUCAUGCACCAGAGAGGGUGGAGACAAUGUCCAAACUAUAGUCUGUGGGCGGGCAUCUUUGAUUUUGUAAAAGUGAGUGCCCUGGCUUUGAUACCUUUCCGCAUGUGUCUCGGUUUUUGUCUCAAUCCCAUAGACAUGUUCAUCAUCGUCUUCUCCUCCCUGGGCCGUCUAUUCCGUGUCAGACGUUCGUCAAACCUCGGGCACGGACGCGCAGAUGGUUCUAGCGGCGGUUUCAUUGGGGCGAUCGGCGGCCGUCGAGGACGAGACAACUAUGCCUCCGACGUCGAUGCGGAAAACCGCCUCAUAGACCAAUUGGACGAGACCUGGGAUGAUUGA